UCCAAAAAACCCCUAAAACCUCGAUAACAAAGAAGAAGAAGAAGAAAAAAUGGGAUCGAAAAAAUGUCAAGUAUGUGAUGAAGUACAGUCGAAAUACAAGUGUCCCAAUUGCUUCAUCCCCUUUUGUUCUUUGGUUUGUUUCAAGAAGCAUAAAGAAAUUCCAUGUGGGAAACCAGAACCGGAACCCGAAUCAGAACCAGUUUCUGAGGAAAAACUUGCUCCUGCUCCAGCAUUGCAUGUGGAGAAGCCAAUCUAUGUUGAUGAGCCAGGCGAAGCGGUCAAUCAGUCGCAACUAGAGUCUAUAGCUUCUUCUUCAGAAAUUCUUGAGGCUAUACGGAACAAAGAGCUUCAAAAACUCAUAUACAACUUGGAUUCUUCUUUGGAUGCAGAGAAUGAACUUGACAAGGCAAUGGAAAAGGAAGAAUUUCGCAUAAUCAGUGAAAAGAUUUUGUCAAUAAUUAGUUAAUGAAGACGUUCAACAGGAUACGAUGAGUAGGGCUGUAACGAAGGAAGAUCUUUCCCGUUGUUCAGAAGCUAUCUAUACGUUAUUGGGGGAAGAUUUUGCUCGAAUCUUACAUUUUACUUGAAAAUAUUAGUGAUACAACUACAGGCAAUUCUAAUUCAGAUAUCCUUCUAGCUGUGCGAGCAAUGCUCUUCUGCCCUCUGCUUCUGCUUCCAAUUAUUUGUAUUUGUAUUCUAAACAAAGUGUAUCGAUAUAGCUGUUCUUUUUCCUUUCAAAAAACAGUUGAAAGUCGAGAUGAAAUAUUGUCCUGUAUUCCAAGGGUGGUGGAGGAUGGAAGCUAAGACUAGUACCACCUCUUAUUG